AUGACUAAGAUGAAUAAAAGACAGGGCAUAAUCCGUGGUGAAGUUGGACACAUGUAUGUGGAUCGUAUGAAGUUCAAAGUUGCUGCUGGUUAUUCUGAGAGGAGUGGUAUCGGUGGACUUCUGAAUAAAAGAGCCAAGCAGUCUUUCUUGGACAAGGCGAUCGCGGUCAGCAAGACUCUUCCCGCUCCGAAUAAGUAUAAUAUAACGGCAUUGCGUACGGGAAAGGUUCAUUUGCCGGCUCCUCUCAUGAUAACGACGAAGACAGAGACCAGAGGAACAGCCAAAAAGCCUCAAGUGCCUGGCCCGGGGCAUUACGACAUCCGUAAGGGAGAUUCGGUAACGAUGGAGGCUGAGCCGCGUCCUGUUUGGGCAAGGGGAAAGAUCAGCAACCUCACUGAUAAGGCUUCUGCCAAGAAUCCUGGCCCAGGGCACUAUGGCAGCAUAGCACUAGAGAGAAUCUCACGAGGGACCAAAUGGAACCAAGUACAUGGUUAUGGCCGAAACGCUCUACAUGGUGCUUUUUAA